CCACUUCCUGAUACACCUGUUUGGCAGGUAGACACGCUGCUGGCGCAACGGAGACUCUGAGUCAUGACCAGAUAGAUAUGGACGCAAUUUUGCCGAAACUUUGACGCAACUUGGACUUUUUUUUCAUAUCGUCACGCCACAGGAAUCGUUUUCACAUCUGAAAAUGCGUCGACUGCUUGAAGAAAACUCCGGUCUGAGGGUGGUUUUGCUGCUGUGUCUGCUCGCCCCUUCCCUAGUCUCCUCCAUCACAGUGAGUACUCCAGCAGAGCUCCAUGCAUCUAGAGGGGAUGCCGUCGCAUUGUCCUGCACAUUUGUUUCCACAAGUAGGCCAACCAGUAAGAUGACUGUCGACUGGUCUUACAGGCCACAGAGUGGAGGCCCGCCACAGACAUUCUUCCACUUCUCCUCGAGGGCGUUCCCUCCUCUUGAGGGUCAGUUUGCUGGUCGAAUCCAGUGGCAGGGGAGUCCAGCACGUGGGGAUGGCUCCAUCUCUCUGAUCAAUGCCACACUGAAUGAUAAUGGGACCUAUACGUGCUCAGUCAGGAACCCUCCCGAUGUCCACGGGUCCCCGACGUCACACACAGUCCUCACUGUCACACCGAAGACACCCAGCAUUCGCUUCUCUGACGUCGCAGUCCUCCUCGCCUUCAUCCUCCUCCCCUCUGGUAUCAUCACACUCAUUCUGAUUGGAUGGAUGCUCUGUCCCAAGAAGCAGCAUAACCAGUCAAAGGUCUACAGAUCACCCAUUGAGGUCACGGAAGGAGAGGAGUAUGGCGUCUACCAACCAGCACCCAAAACAAAAAGGAGCACAUGCUGUCAGCUGUAUCUAAUGGACUCAGAAGAUGAGGCUGAGUACUACAACCUAAAAAAGAGGCCUGUAGAUGAGGACUAUGCUGAAUCUCAGUGCUAGGGGACCCUGGUGGUUAGGAGAUGUAACUGCAACCUCUGGACCUACUGGAGGUACUGAAUAGCUGGAUUUAUGUCUUCUGUGCCACAGUCCACCACGCACCAAGUCACAUUAGUGAUAGAGUUUACUUUUUGUGGUAAAACUUAUGGAAAGCUACACCAGUGUGAUAUUUGCCACUGCAAAAUAUGCAAAUAAUUAGAUUUAGUUUUUGCCUACAAGCUCCUAGAGAAAAAAGGUUUAUACCCUUGAGCUGGGGAAAGAGAGAAAUCUAAUUUCCUUGUGGAUAUUUUCUGUUUAUUCUGCCUGCACCAUAGCACCAUAGGUGGUACUAUUUGGUGAGGUAUAAACUGACGCUGUACAUGCAAACACAAAUGAACACUGUCUAUAUUUUUAUACCUGGAUGAUUUACAUGUGUCACUUUCUUAUUGUGAAGGAGAUAGACACAUUUUGUCUAAUUUAUUGCCUGUGUCAGAGUGGCUGUAUGAAACUGUCGAUGUGUUUGUUGAGCUGUAGUAGAACAUUUCUGUUAUAUCCUUAAUAUUUGGAGAGAAAAUAAAUGGUUUGAUUUUGAA